AUGGAGCAUGUGUUGCCGCUAUAUGGUAACACUCACAGUUCGGUGACGGUGACAUCAGAACAGACGACCCUGUUUGUUCAUGAGGCCAGGCAGGAAAUUCGUGCUAUGACUGGGGCUGGUGACGGCGACAGCGUGAUGUUCGUCGGUUCGGGCAGCACGGCAGCUGUUGAAUUGCUUGUCCAUCUGAUGCAACCUGAAAAUCUGGUAUUGUUUUCAUUUGUCUCAGGUGGUGAUUUUAUCUGUUCACGAGCACCACUCAAACAUGCUACCGUGGCGUACAGUUGCGGAAGCUUGUUACUAUGUACAGGAGUCCAGCGACGGUGGCAUCGAUCUAGGUAUAAUGCGCUAAGUGUUUGGGAUUAUGCAUCGUCAGCUCCAUAUGUUGAGAUCAACGUCAAUGGUUCUCAUCCGGUUGACGCCGUUUUCUUUUCUGGACACAAAUUCGUGGGCGGGGUCUCCACACCUGGUAAGUUCUUCCGGUAA